AUGCCCGGCGAACCCAUGUCUCCCACCUCGUCGCGCCCCUCGUCGCCGCGCGCCGACAAGCCGCUGCACGAGCUGCUCUCGCACUCGCUCGUCGACCUCUACGUCGGGCCCGACAACACGCACUGGAUCCUCCACGAGAAGCUCCUCUGCACGCGCUCGCGCUUCUUCCAGCGCAUCUUCUACUCCAAAGACUCGCCCUCCAACCACCAGUCCUACGGCCUCCCGGACGACGAAGACGAGCCCUUCACCGCCUUCGUCUCCUGGCUCUACAGCGCCUACAUCAAGCCGCCGUCCGAGGAAAAAGACCUCACCACCCUCAUCGACCUCUACCUCAUGGGCGAGAAGUGGCAGGCCCCCGGCCUCGUCCGCGACGCCCUGCGCGCCACCCGCGAGUGGUACGCGCGUACGGACACGUACCCGGGCCUGCGGCGCGUGCAGUACGUGUACGCCAACACGGACGAGGACAGCGAGAUGCGCCGGCUGAUGGUGUCGAGCGUGGCGCGCAUGAUGGCGCUGACGGAGAGCAUCCCGCCGCACUGGGACAAGGCGCUGCGCAAGAACGGCCAGCUCGCCGUCGACCUCAUCAAGAGCAUCCAGAGCUGGCGCAUCGACCCCGCCCUCGUGCCCGACAUGCGCCGCGCCGUCGAGGAGAAGGCCGAUGACUACGUCGCCGACGGCAAGAGGAAGAAGGAGGAGCAGCAAAACGGCAAGUCUAACGACGACGACGCCGUCAACAAGCUCGCUGAGGGCUUCCUCAAGAACGGUCUGGGCGCCGGCGAUGCCGACAAGAAGGUCGACGGCGCCAAGGACCAGGGCAAGAAGAGGGUCGACAGCGUCGCCGGCAGCGAGCCGGAGAAGGUGAAGCAAGAGCUCGACGAGAACCUUCCCAACGGCGUCGGCUUGCCUACCGAGGCCCUCGACUAG